CCCGCCUCCAUGACGUCAUCAGAGACCGGAGAUCCCGGGGAUUCCCUCGCCGUGGAAGCUGAGGAGGGCACCACUACGGUGGGGACACCGGGAGGUUUUGAUGAUAUUUUAUCGCCUCUUCCGGGGGGAGGAGGGUUUGCGGAAAUUUUCCCCCCGAUGGUAGGAGAAGAUGGAGGAUUUUCUCCCCCUUCCUCAAAUUGGGGAUUGCAACGAGGUGGAACGGAAGUUAUGGGGGGUUUUGUCAUGGAAGGAAAUCACGACGAUUCCAGGAAAGUUGACUUUUUGCAGCUUACCUGUGAUUUUGAUGGAGUUCCCUGUGAUUGGCAUACAAGACUUGACUGGUCUGUAAGAAAUGAGAAAUUGGGCUCGAUCUCUGAGGAAGGAAUCAAUCAAACAGGGAAUUACCUGUUCAGCCAAGAAAACCUGAGAAUGUUGUCAACGUUUACAUCUCACAUCGUUAGAGAACCAAACAAAUAUGGAUCCUUUUGUUUAUCCUUUACGUUUUACAAGUCAAACAGAAGUGGACUUCUGGCGGUGUAUCUUUUGGACCAUGAAACGCAAGACAUGAAUCAAAUCUGGAAGGAGGAUGCCCCAUCCAAAUCGUGGCGGAGAGCUCAUGUCAACAUCUCUACUUCUAGAGAAUUCAUGAUAUUAAUUGAAGCUGAACACGAUGGAGAUAAUACCGUGAUAGCCAUUGAUGACAUUGCAAUGACCAACAUGACGUGUGCGGUUAGACAGGACCUCCCGGCGGUCCCUCCGCAGCCUAUAGCAGAUUUAUUCCCAUCGAUGCCAGAUGACAUGGCAAUUCCAGAAUUUCCUGACAUUAGCGGACUUCCGGCAGAACUUCCAAGCAGGCAACCAGGCAACCUACCAGAAGAGACGGGAGGCAUGAAGUUUCCGGAAUUUUUGGAUAGACGAGGUCGACCUGAAUCGACGUUAUUUCAAUGAUGGGCGUCUGUCUGCAAAAGUGUUUAUCUGAAAAA